AUGACGACACAGUAUAUAACUACUCGUCCACCUCCGCUCGUUAUACCCGAGUCUACUCUGACAACACGUUUAACACCACGUAAGAAUUAUAUUCACAUUCCAAGUACACAUGAUCAAGGAGUAGGACCAGGACCAAUAGUUCACACCGAUACAGGUGAUUUUAGUGGUGGAGAUUAUCAAGUUGUUGAAAAAGAUUAUGGAGAUCGAAAAGUGAUUUAUCAUAUUCCCAUUGAAUAUGCUGAUCAAUAUGAUUUAGAAAAUAUUGAUGAAACAACGUUUGAACAACCAAUCUUUCAUCCACCCCAAACAACUAUUAUACAUCCACAGCCACAGCCACGAGUGAUUCGGAAAGUUUAUAAAAAUUAUGAUGAUGUAGAUCAGGACUAUUAUUAUGAUGAUUCGGAUUAUGCCUAUGAACCUGUUCGAUAUGUUCAACGACCUAGUCCUCGACGACAAGUUGUCAAAAGAAGAAUUUACGUCAAUAACGAUGAUUAUGAUUAUGAUUAUGAUUAUGAUGAUGACGAUGAUGAGAUUGAGUAUGUUGUCGAAGAAAAACCACGACCCGUCAAGUAUGUUCAACGUCCAAUUCGACGUGCCGUCUAUGUGUUAGAAGACGAUGAACCUCCACAACAGCCACAACCUUCACCUCGUCCACAACCAAAACCAAUUCUUCGUCAGAAUGCUAAACCUGUCAGUAUUCGUCGACACACUAUCAGAACACCCGUGGAUAAUCCAGUUCCACCACCUGCUCCAGUUAAAAUUCAGUCAAAUGAUCAUACAUAUGUACGAGCAAUGGAUAUCAUUUUGGCUAAUCGAGCAAAACGUGGAUGGAAAUUACCAAAACCAAAACGUGAAGUAGAAGAAGAAAAAUUUCAUGAUCCACCACAACCAAAUAAAAAUAUUAUUAAAAAUGGAUUUAUUAUUCAUAAAUAA